CAUUCUUGUAAAGCUAAAUAAAAUCUAAAAUGGCAGCCUCCAACAUUGUCCGACUUACAACAAAAAACUCUGCUUUAUUUCUGUGUGACAUGCAAGAAAAGUUCCGGAAAACAAUAUCUUAUUAUCCCCAAAUAUUAGCGGUAUCUGCUAGGAUGCUGAAAGCUUCACAGAUUUUAGACGUUCCAGUGGUUGUUACAGAGCAGUAUCCCAAAGGUCUUGGUCCGACAGUGUCUGAAUUAGACGUGAGCAAGUGUCCAGUGUUCCCAAAGAUGAAGUUCUCUAUGUUGAUUCCAGAAGUAGAGGAGCAUAUGAAACAGUUUCCAAAUGUUAACUCAAUUAUGUUGUGUGGUAUAGAAGGCCAUGUAUGUGUUCAGUCAACAGUACUAGAUCUCAAGGAAAGGGGUUAUGAUGUCAAUGUUAUUGUUGAUGCUGUAUCCUCAAGAAGUAUGGUAGACAGGAUGUUUGCUCUACAACGUAUGAAGGAAGCUGGUGCCCAUUUGACUACAAGUGAAAGUGCAAUCCUCUCAAUGUGUGGGGGCUCAGACCACCCAAACUUCAGAGAAGUACAGAAGAUUAUUUGGGAUGCAGCUCCAGAUAGUGGACUCCUAGGACAUACAGUUGGUGGAGAAACUCCUGUCUGAUGGAAUAAUUGUCCUAAACUGAAAACUAGUGCCAAUUACUGUAAAUUUGUGAUUUUGAUACAAGGCAGUUUAGUAAUAUUAAGGUAGCUCUGCACGUUUGGAUCAAAAUUUUUUCUACAAUGUAGAAUUUGAUUAAACUCCAAUUUUUCAAAACUUCAAAAUAUACCUAGAAAAUUCAGCAAAUAAAAAAGAUAGGGUCGUGUGCUUGAUUUUUUGCUAGGCUGGUUUGAAAAAUUUGGACCUCACGCAAUAUUUCAUAAUGGGAGUCUAUGGGAAAAUCAUAUCUUUCAUAACAUUUUCGCGAAUAGAAUUUUUUCUACAAUGUAGAUUUUGAUGAAACUUCUCACAAUUGUAAAUAAACACAUGGCCUAUAAUUUGGUGAAAUAAAAUGUAUAGGUCCGUGUGCUUACUUUUGAGAUAUUUUACCAUGAUUAAAGGGAACCGGGCAUUUCACGUUAAUUUUAAGAAAUUAUUUUGAUUUUUUUAACGUGUCAUAUGUUUUAAUAUCAUAUUUUGACUUUAGAAAUAUAGCAACAGUGCCAUUAUAACAAAUUUACUCACAUGUUUCGAUUAAUUCAUAAAUUGAUUUUCAUUUCCGUACGCCGAAUCCAGGCUUUAUUCUAUGUUUUCCGGAUAAAUGACGUUACGCCAUCACUUCCGGUUUUUCAAACGUGCAGAACUACCUUAAAUAGCUUUUAAAAGAAAUAAACUGCAAAUCAUCUGUAAUUAAGUGAUUUUAUAAAUAAGUGAUUUGAAAAUAAUGAUUUUUUUUGGUAGACCUACUGGUAACUGAAAAUUUGUGUGUAUACACAUGUGAUUUUUUGUUAACCGUCAAAAAAGAAUUAUAACCAAGUUUAUUGGAACAUACUGUUUUACAUCAUUUCACAAAAAAGGUCCGGUGUUGUACUUGAGCAGAAAAGUGUCGAUGUCAUUUUAUGAUUGAAUAGAAAUGCUUCCAAAUAUUGAGCCGCCAAUCAAGCAGACAGUAUGGAAACUCAAACGUGUUUAUUCGGGUGUUGUGAAAAAUGGCAUGCACAUGUAUUGCUAAAGAUUUUUUAGUAUUAAAGUAGCAGGAUUGCCAUUAUUUAAAGUUUUUGCUAUAUAAUAUUCUGAUGAAUGGACACUGUUGUUCAAAAUGUUGGUCAAAUUCGCCUUUUAAGUAUUUCACAUUAUUUCUUUUAGAUAUUUUUGAAAUUCUGACACUUAUGAGAAAUGCCAUGAUACGUAUCAAUCUGGACAUUGGUGUUAGUGCCAAGUGGUCUAAAUUUUUCUCAAAAUGUUAAGAAAUAUUAACUUGGCCCUGAGCUGGACUUUAAAUUUUCAAAUAUAAUUCAUUGAUUCUGUAUGCCUGGAUGUUUCUGUUGUCUUUGAAAAAAAAUAAUUUCAGAAGCAUUGCUGAUGUGAGAAAGGAAACUGAAAGCUUAAUUUAGCAAAGACCUUUUAGUACAGACUCAAAAUAAACCACACGGCUGGAAAAACAAUAGUAAACUUUUAUAGCUCAACUAUUAUAACAAAAAGUAGGGCUACUGUGCCUGCCUGUCAUUGUUGACAUUGCAUUCUGGUUAAAAUUUUAUGGCAAGCUUCUCAAUUUUACUAUAUGAGCCAUGCCAUGACAAAACCAACAUAGUGGGUUUGCGACCACCCUGGAUCCAGACCAGCCUGCACAUCCACGGUGGUCGCAAAGCCACUAUGUUGGUUUUCUCAUGGUGUGGCUCAUAUCUUCUUCACUUCUACCCCUUCAAAGUUCACAUAAGAGUAGGUCUUGGUAAAGAGCAGGCACCUGACAGUUAAGUGUCGGAUUUUCUUAAAAGUCAAGGUCACUGGAAUCCAAUGUUGUGAUAGUGCAAGUUGAUCAAGGUUUCAAGGCAAGCUUUUCUGUUUCACUAAAAUUUCUUAACUUCUGAAACCCGACAUAAAGGUUGACCUUUGUAAGAAGCAGAUGCGGCCCAUGCCCCUUGGGUCAGAAUGCUUCAAAGGUUAAAGUUUUAUGGCUUGCUUGUCAGCUUUACCAUCUACAGUUUCUUUUGUACCCAUAACCCUCACCUUUACUUCUAUCCCCUUCUCCUUCUAUCACACGUUACACGUACCCUACCCUUCCACAAAAUACUUCUUCCUUACAUUUUUCCGACUUACUUUUACCUUAUCAUAUCCUAUAUCAUAUAGCAGCAAUAGUUACAUGGUGUAUCAUUCCAACAGCUAUUAUUCAUUAAGAGCAGGUUUAUUAUUAGCAGUUUUGCUUAAGUCAGUAAUGUCUGUCCUGUAGUAGCCAUUUAUUGUUGGUGUUUUGUUUAUUGUAUUGUUUUUCAUAAUCAAGAUUAAAAUAUAUUUGAUAUAACUGUUUUA